AUGAAGCAGCGGCAUGGUGAUGACUCCGAGGCACCGACAGUGCGCCAGGGUGAGCAGGACCGCACCAGCUUUCUCGUCAAGAGGCUGAUGGACAUAAGGUCUCCAGACGGGCCGGUACGACCAGAAACCAACAACAACAGCAACAGUAACAGCAGCAAUACAAACGACAUCGGCCAGCCCUACAACUCGAAGGCCACAAAGUCAGCACAACAGCUGCAGCAGCACCAGCGGAUUCCCACUGUUCAGCACCAGCCACCUCCCCGACCACCAGCUCCACCUCAACCAUCUCUCAGUGAUCUCCAACAGCAGGUCCACUGUGCCACUCCUGUGACGUCGCCUCUCCUGCCAUCCCCCCAACCACUCACAGCUACAGUGUCACCAUACCCAGAACCACUAUCAAAGCUCCCAGCCCCCUUUCAGGAACACCAGCAGCCCCAGCCACCGUUGUUGCAGCUUCCAAGCCCUCACCUACAGCAGGCUCCAGACGAGCCAGAAUCAUCACGGAAACUUGAAGAACUGCCAGAAACUCCAGUAUUAGCCUCUGAUGAAGCAAUAGAUCGGCGUACAAAACACAAGUGUGAUGAUUGUGGCAAGUUCUUCAGCACCAAGUCGUCUCUCAAGGUGUGCAGACUUAUUUGCUAA